GCCAAAUUUUUUGCAUGGAAUGCAACUUGAUGAAUAUAAUGAAGAGUUGCGACUAGGAUUUGAAUUUCAUGGCAAGCAACACUAUAGUCUUAAUUUAAUGUUUCAUAGGAGAGGCCAGAUAGAUUUGGAUGAACAGAGAAUGCGUGAUCAGAAGAAGCGGGAUAUAUGCAAGGAGCAAG